AUGGAAGCCAAAGCCUUAGAGCUGGUGGAGAUUGCCAAAAACAACUACCUAUCCCUGGAGGCGAAGAUCGGUGCUUUGGUGGCCUACAAAUCGGAGAUCAAACAGAGGAAUGUCCCUGAAGCGGCGGUGCCGCCAUCAUUCGAGGCGGCGCGGAUUUUCAUAAGCUCACCACAUGGCAACAUCAUCACGCCUGCAUUUAAUAUGCUCAGCCACCUGACCAGGCGCCUGUUCAUUCAGCGACAACCGCAUUUGAUUGCAAAUUACAGUCGCAACCUCCAACCACUACUUCUCGAACGUUUAGGCGAUAACAGAGAACGUGUGCGAGCACAGGCCGCUCAAGCAUUCACCGAGCUCUGGCCAGCUGCGAGCGCCGAGGUAGAACACUACGUCCUCGAUACCGCCCUGGUCGGAAGAAACCCCAGGGCAAAGGAAAUGGCUUUGAUAUGGCUUUCCAACAUGUCUAGAACGCAUGGUUUGCGAUUUCGUCAGUAUGUGGCGAAGCUUGUCAACUGUCUCGAAGAUGCGGACCCGGCCGUACGAGACGCAGCGAAGUUGACUGUAGUUGAAUUGUUUGGCGCAGCAUCUGGUGCGUCGGCACGCGCAAAAGCGGAUCUCAUGAAUCAGCUUAGCAUCCGCAGUGUACGAAAGACAAUCGUCAACGCGAUCCUCACCCAAAUUGAUCUCGAUCCCGCCGAUCUUGAACCCAAUAGAGGACCCAUGCAUCGAGCAGACCGAAUCACGCAACGUCCUCAUUCUAGUUUAGAGGCUCAUCCACGUCCUAUGUCGCGCGCGGAUGGAAACAAACGUCCAAUGUCCAGAGCAGAAGCUCUUCAGUCACGUCCCACCUCGCGGGCUGAUGGACUUAGCGGACCAGAAUCUUCCUCUCAACGUUCUGUGUCGAGAGUCGAUGGACCUAAACGUCCUGUAUCCAGAGCAGACCCGCUUCCGCAGCACUCUUCUGAAGCAACUCCAUUGACGCCCAACGAUGGUGAUAGCGUGGAGCCACUCAAUGUUUCCUCCUCGCGUGAGAUUGAAGACAUCAUCCGCGCCAUGGUUCCUCACUUCGAAGGACGUGAGUCGGAAGAAAAUUGGGCAAAGCGUGAGAAGAACGUUAUGCUGCUACGCCGACUGGUCCGUGGCAAUGCGCCUGUCGCCCACUCAAAUACUUUCAUCACGGCUUUGAAGUCCAUUCUAGACGGUAUCUUCAAGGUCGUCAAUUCCCUUCGUACGACUAUGGCAACGAAUGGCUGCCUAUUCAUUCAGGACAUGGCCAUGUUUUGCGGACCCAAGAUAGAUCCCAUGAUGGAGAUCAUCAUGCAAAAUCUCAUCAAGCUGUGCGCUGGAAUGAAGAAAAUUACAGCACAGAACGGAAAGAUGACAGUGGAGACUGUCAUUCAGCAUGUUUCAUACACUCCUCGUAUCCUGCAACACGUCUUUGGUGCUUCGCAGGAUAAGAAUACUCAGUUGCGACUUUUCUCAGCUGACUGGUUCAAAAUCAUCCUCAACAAACAAGCGGCUCAGAAGGCCUCUAUUGAGCAUGGAGGCGGGCUGGAGCUGCUCGAAAAGGCCUUCAAGAAGGGACUCGCAGACGCCAACCCAGCUGUCAGACAGGCGAUGCGCGGCACCUUCUGGGUCUUCUUUGGCAUGUGGCCCAACCAGGGGAACGAGAUCCUCUCCAAUCUUGACUCUAAGUCUCGGAUUCAGCUCGAAAAAGACCCUGGAAACCCGAAUACUUCAUCCAAGUCAGAUAACACAUCUCGCAAGGGCGUCGCAAGCGGCACUUCCUCUAUCAAAAGUCGCUCGGCCCUACAGGAAGCUAUUGCGGCGCAUAAGAAGGCGCAUCUGGCACCCAAGCCCAUCCAGCAACAGCGUCCAGAAUCGGCACAGUCCGUACUCUCCGACACAAACGUGCCCGACCUGCAGCGUGGCCAGCCUGCGGUGCGGUCGGUGCCCGUCGGUUCUUCUAUAUCUUCUCUUUCGUCGGCGCCGAUGCGUCCUGCGAGCAAGGCUCGUAGACCUGAACUGAGCCGCCCAGUGACCGCAGAGCCACAUUCAGUAGGAUCCAAUGCUUUCGAAGUGAGCUCGGAUGCUCACCACACGGUUCCCGCGGCCAGCACAGCGAAGGCCAAGGCUAAGAAACUUGACAUUGCCAAGACUCGGACUGCGGAACGUCGUGUGAAUAGUGGUCUACAGGAGAACAUGGGUGGUCAAUCCUCUGGGGUUCUUCAGGUACCUAUUGUUCCCAAUGAACAUGAUAGCCCUGCCGAAGCCCAGUCGGAAAGUCCCCUUGUUACUGUGGUACCCAUGCUGACUGCUUCUGAAGACUCCGUCCAGGAAGGUUUCCCCCGCCCAGUCGAGUCUCCGAGCGCUCCAGCUGAGGAGCACAUCACCGGCGGCCCGAAGCCUCAUGGAACUCAAGGACAAAUAUUUGAACACACCAGCGAGUCCUUCCCCGAUGUCCCCGUCUCGGAUCCCCAUUCGCACCACUCAGACCAUGCAGAAGGACCUCAUUCAGAUUAUCAAUUUGACGCAGAAGGAAAACCAGAUAGGCGACUUGAAACAGAAAGAAUCCAACCAGACUAUCGACUCGAAACAGAGGGCAAACCAGACAGGCUGUUCGAAACAGAAAGACCCCAAGCAGACCAUCGACUCGAAACAGAGGGCAAACCAGAUAGGCGACUUGAAACAGAAAGACCCCAGUCAGACUAUCGACUCGAGGCAGAAAGACCUCAAUCAGACCAUCGACUCGGAGAAGAACGGACUCAGCACGAACAUCAUGAAGUCGAAGAAAAGAAGGUAUCCGGUGAACCUGGCAGACAGGCCCCACUGGGUGAGAGCCUUUCCUCGCCAAUGAGAGGAAGGGAAGUGCAAAUUUACGAAGACCCUAUCAUUACUUCCGAAAAAGAAGAGGAGCAUAUCCAUAUCCACCAACAUGUAUCCAAUAAAGGAGACGACGAGCCCAUUCUUACCCCCAUUGUUACGCCUCAACAUGUAUCCAAUAACAGCGCUUUGGCAGAACUAUCUAUAAAUGAAUCAGUUCAUCGUGAUAGCAAGCCGGCUGUGCCAACCAUGCCUUCGCAUCGUGGACGCCAAUCGGUCGGGGCGACAGAGUCGACAGCUAGCUCUGAAUUUCGUCGCCGGAAGAAUGACCAGAUUGCCGACCGCAAAAGAAGUAUCAGCCCCCGAUCGAAAGACCCAGUCAAAGCACGAGAAAUGCUCGAGAAGGGUAUUCAGAAGAUUCGGUCCAAGAAUAUGGACAUCCUGGGGUAUCGGAAGUUGCAAGGCCUCAUCGAAUAUCACGACUCUAUCUUUAUCCAUGAAGGAAAGUAUGACGAGAUGCUGCUGGCUCUGCUCGAAGAACUGGAGAGUCCUCCGGAUGAGAAGCAACAACGCCUCGGUCGCCCGCUGGACUUGAAAACCCAAGUGCUUUUGACGAUUCGCUUCAUGCUUGCACACAACAAGCACCUUAGUUCGUCUUACUACCCCAGGGCUAUCACAGCUCUUAUCGUUGCUAGGAAUUAUUACGACUCUUCAAGCCACAUCAUCAACGGUUUGAAUGAGACGGCCGAAGAGAUUCUUGUACAGUGUGAGCCUGAAGGUGUUAUCGACGCCGUAACCGACCUAGUAUCGACCGAAGAUCCGGAAACAGGCGAUCGGGCGGUCACUAUGGGCUUCUCUGUUAUGACGGAAAUCUUGAAGGGGAUGAACAGCAAUGCAAUUCGUCUUUCCGGUCGCCUGCUGGAGAAAGUUGGGACACUAGCUGGCAAGAGCCUGACAGCCCGAAAGCCGGAUGUCAGGCGUCAAGCAACACAGCUGUGCGUACAACUGCACACGAUGGCCGAUAACGAUGAUCACUUCUGGCAGGUUGUUGGACGGCCCCGCGAGAACUCACGCAACCUGCUGACAUACUACAUUGCGAGGAAGUGA